UCCGAGCAGACAUGGAUGCAGUCUCCGAAAUAUAUUUCAUCGAAUAUUGAUGAAAUAAAGAUCGGAGAGUUGGUGACUGGAGAUGGAUACUCUGCUUCUGCCACUAUUUUUCUUGCUUAUAAUUGUCUUCCCAAUGGCCAUGAUUGUACCCAGCAGAGCAGCUGAUCCUCAUGACUGCCCGGUUACAAGGUGUAGGCCUGAUGGUCCAGUUAUCCGGUUUCCAUUCCGUCUAAAACACCAUCCUCCUUACUGUGGCCAUCCAGAGUUUGAAGUUUUCUGCUCACAAAAUAUGACCAUGAUCAAGCUCUCGCCGUCUUCGGCACCCUUUCCUAUACAAUCUAUUGAUUACCAAAAAAAUCAGUUUCAGGUCUACGAUGCGGAUGGUUGCCUCCCGAAACACCUUCUUAAUUUUACCAUCUCCAUAUACUCACUCUUUCAACCAGUACGCAAUUUUGUGUUUUACGACAGUUGCGGUUUUGAUCUCGAAUAUUAUCCAGAUUUAUUGAGCGUAACACUUUUAAAUUGUAGCACAGCACAAAGUUCUAGCACAGAGAGCUCCCGUCCGUACUUCAUGCCGAUUAAAUGUCUAAGCGUCCCGGGGAAUCAUCAAGUUCUAGCUGCUCUACAGACUACUACUGUAGAUAAACUGCCGGUGUCUACUUGCACUCUUCUGAGACAGCUUGAUCUUCCAAUACGAAAUGUGGACGGUUCUAUGCAAAACUGUGAAUUGGGCAAGGUUUUAUUCCUGCAAUGGAAGGAUUCAUAUUAUCUGCGAUUUACCUCAUUGUCUAUCCCUAUCCCAGCAUGUCAAAACUGCAGUGAAGACUGCGAUAUCAAUACCGACACAAAUCAAAUGCAGUGUUAUACUUCUGACAGCGUUGAAGCAGUCCUGAACUUGGACCCGGGUGUAUCAACUGGAUCUAUUAUCAUAGGAGUAAGCAUAGCUUGUUUUGUUCUCCUAUCGUUGACGGCAGCAGCCAUCCUCUACCAUGUAAAAAAAUCAAAAGGGAUAGAGGAAAAGGAGAAUGAAAUCGAGAUUGAGAGGUUCCUAAAAGAUCACAAAUCUCAUGUACCAACAAGAUACACACAUGGUGAUAUAAAGAGGAUGACAAACGGAUUCAAGAAGAAGUUAGGCGAAGGAAGUUUUGGAAGUGUUUACAGUGGAGAGCUUCCAAAUGGAGUUCCGGUUGCCAUAAAAGUCCUCAAUGAUUCUAAAGGAAGGGGGGAAGAUUUUAUUAAUGAAGUGGGAACAAUUGGCAGGAUUCACCAUGUUAACGUGGUUCGUCUGCUUGGGUUUUCUGCAGGAGGAGGCAAGCGUGCUGUCAUUUAUGAGCUCAUGCCGAACGGGUCUCUAGAGAAGUUUAUCUCUACUACGGAACCCAACAAGAACCCACUAGAUUGGGAGAAAAUUCACAACAUCGUCACUGGUAUAGCAAAGGGAAUCGAGUAUCUUCACCAAGGGUGUGCCCAGAGGAUCCUCCACUUUGACAUAAAGCCGCGUAACAUACUGUUAGACCAUGACUUCAAUCCCAAGGUCUCGGAUUUUGGUCUGGCUAAACUCUGUUCCAAGGGAGACAGUAUCACAUCCAUGACGGCUGCCAGAGGCACAGUAGGGUACAUUGCACCAGAAGUGUUUAAUGGGAACUUCGGGAGGGUGUCCUACAAAUCAGAUGUCUAUAGUUUUGGGAUGCUAGUGUUUGAAAUUGUUGGAGCCAAAAAACAACCUGCUCUUACAUCUGGCAACAAUGAGGUCUACUUUCCUGAAUUGGUUUACAACCGUCUAGUUCAAGGAGAAGCUUUGGAUUUGAAGCUAGAUACCGAUGAUGAUGCUCAGAUUGCUAAGAAACUAGUGAUUGUGGCACUUUGGUGCAUCCAGUGGUACCCGGUGAAUCGCCCUUCCAUGAAAGCGGUUGUUAGAAUGCUCGAAGGAGGCCUUGAAAACUUGAUGAUGCCACCAAAUCCAUUUGCUUCCACAAGUACUCAGACAGAUCAACCAAGCACAACAAUGUCAAGUUAACUUGUCACACUAAUCAGUAGUGCCAUGCAUAUUUGUAAAAGUAGCACGAAAAUGAGUAUUGUAAGUGCUUUUCAAUUAAGUUAGUAAAUAAUCACGUGUAUCAUGUUUUUCGUUAGAAUGAUUAUUAGAACAUGUGAAUCCAAUCCAAAACUAAUUGAAAACAGAUGGAAAACCCGGAUCAUUUCAAA